UUGUGGGACCCUCGCCGUUGGCCGGGGAUCGAACUGGCCCUGCAGAGGCUGCGGGCAGCCUCGCAACCCAGCGCUCAACCGCUGCGCCACCAGGGGAGGCCCCCAAGCCCAAUUUUUUGACAUUUAGGAGAGGAGACCAGAGCUCUGAGAACCAACGGGGUUCUCGUCUUUUAGGGUGUACGAGAUGAGCUGGAAUUGAGCAAGGAUUUGAGGGCCCACGUUGGCCAGAUGGGGGAACCUGUUGAAAGAAGGGAGGUGAUGACCCCCCUCCCUGCAGGCAGUGGCUGUAGCUGUGCAUCAAGUCAAGUGAAGCGGUGUAAAAAAAACUAAACACAGAUUGCUGGGCUCACUCCAGAGAGUUCAAAUUAUUUUCUACUCGUGGAGGGGUACGUAGCCCCCAGAAGCAUGAGGGCCCCCAGUUUAAACACAGGGCAGAGCUUGUUCUUGGAGGAGGCAGCAUCAGGCCCAGCCUCCUGCCCCUGCUGUCCUGGAUGGUGGCCGUCCCUGGAGCUCGGGCGCCGGCUGGUGCUGGGCUAGGGGAGAGGAGCGCGUGCGUUUGCAGGCUCAGGGCGCGCUGACAGGCUUACCUAGCCCUGCUGCAGGCCGGGAGCUGGACAGCCGGGGAGUUCUGGACUGCCUUUCUUUCAUUUUUUUUUUUUUUAAUAGUUCUGGGGUGGUUUUUUGAAAAAGCAGAAUUACUGGUGCUUCAAAACACAGGUGUGGAGCUUGGCAAGGCCAAGAUGGGACCUCAAGCACUUGUAAGCAGCCUUUCCCCCUUGGGAGAAGCCUGGGGCCCGCGCGAGCUGCACUGGGGAAGUCUGGAGCAGAUGCCUGGGAGGGGCCUGCAGGCCCUGCCUGCACUGCCUUGUCUUGGGACUUCCUGUUGCUAGAGCGAGUACCUGCCUAGGAGGGCUGGGUGGUGCUGAGGAGGCCUGGGGAAGGCCCCAGUGAGUAGCGCUUGGGGACUGCAGGGCUCCAGGGCACACUCUGCAGGUCCCAUGGCGUCUGUGGCUCCCGGCCCGGCUCAGGCGCUGCGUGGGAAGAAGUCCAGCCCGGGCUGUCUAGGGCCUGGGCCUACAGCUGCGACCACACUGAGUAUUUCUAUAAUCUCUGGCCGUGGUUCAUUAGGGCAGAGAAACAGGCUGUCUUUAGCUUUUCAACAGCUCAGACGAAUCUCUUCCUGAUGAGGAGUGACUUGUGGCAGGGCUCUGAGGUCCCAGCACCCCCAUGUUUAACCCCAUUUUCCAAAUGCUGCCUCCUGCCCUACUCCUUCUCCCGCUCCCCCCUCCCCAUCCCUGCCUCUGGGUCAGGUUUCCCGCCAUCUUUGCGUCUGUUCCAAAAUCUGACCCUUGGGUGAGAACAUGGGUUGGGUGUGCUGGAUGAAGAGGUGAGGGAAGACUCUCAUCUUCGUGGUUUAGGGGUGGGGGGGCGUCCUUUGAUUUGGGCGAGUCCCCUCCCAGCCUGACUUGGUUGGCUGGUUGUGCUGGUUGCAUAAUCUGGGCCCUGGGGCCAACCCUGUGAGGCUGCCAGGGACAGUGUGUUCAAGGCAGAGCUGCCAAACAGGCCUUGCAGGCAGCAGCCGUAGGAAAGGGGCGGGGGACUGAACUUACUCCCAGAGGGGGACCGGGACCUCCAUGGAAAACCCCUGACUGACUUCUAAAGAGGCUGUUUCUGUCCCCCUCUGCUGGCCCUCAGGCUCUGAUCCUUGCCUCCCAAAUAAUCUUAGUGCCACUCUCCGGUUUGGGGUUGUGGGGGUUACCAUGAGCCUGAGCCGGCCCCAGGUGGUACAUGGACCACAGCAGAGUCCAGGUGCCAGCUGCACUCACCCGCAGGCCAUCAGGAGCCACAGCGCCCCUCUUGGGGUCUUCCAGCUUAGGGCUAGGAGUGGGGCAGGAGGGCCGCGAGAGCAGGGUCCGGUGGAGUGAGUAGGGACCAUAUGGCGACCAGAUGGUCCCUGCGCUCUGCCCGUGGCCACCCCCACCAGUUGGGACAUGCUCCAGGCCCGCCUGUUGGAGCUUGCUCACCUGGGUGCCGCGCCCUGAUAGGCUUGCCGGCCCACUGGACUGUCCUGGCCACAGCACCGGGCUGUUCACAUCACACUCCCCCUUGCAGUGCCCCCCUCGUCUCUCAGGUGGGGGAAGAGAAGAAGGGGGCACAUGCUGGCACCACCCGAGGGCCCCAAGAGUGCCUGGAAGCCUGCUGGUCCCAGGGAGCCAGGGCAGAGCGUGCUGGGGCUGGAAGGUGGCUGUGGGCCCUGAAAAACUCCCCCAGGCCCUUCCCUCUGCUGGCAGGAUUCCCCGCCCACCCUCUGGGUUCUGGCAGGCCUCAUUCGCUGGCACGGCUGCCAGGGCGGUUGAAGGGGGUGGGGCAGGUGUGGUUUACACUUCUGCUCUCAGGCGCCUGCUCCCCUUUGUUCCUGCCCCUCCAGCCCGGGCUCCACGGUGUGCUGCUCAGGGCCCGACCUGGCUGAGGAGCAGGAUGGAGGGCAUGGGCUACGGGCCCCGCAGGACCCUGCCGCUGACCUAUGCCCCCCCGUUGGCUCACUUCCCGCAGCGGCCGGGCAUGUCACCUGGGAGCCGGAUGCCCAUGGCUGGCUUGCAGGUGGGACCCCCUGCCGGCUCCCCGUUUGGCACGGCUGCUCCACUUCGGCCUGGCAUGCCACCCACCAUGAUGGACCCAUUCCGAAAGCGCCUGCUCGUGCCCCAGGCCCAGCCCCCGAUGCCUGCCCAGCGCCGGGGGUUAAAGAGGAGGAAGAUGGCAGAUAAGGUUCUACCUCAGCGAAUUAGGGAACUUGUCCCAGAGUCUCAGGCGUACAUGGAUCUCUUGGCUUUUGAGCGGAAGCUGGACCAGACCAUUGCUCGCAAGCGGAUGGAGAUCCAGGAGGCCAUCAAAAAGCCUCUGACGCAAAAACGAAAACUGCGGAUCUAUAUUUCCAACACGUUCAGCCCCAGCAAGGCAGAAGGAGACAGCGCGGGAACUGCAGGGACCCCCGGGGGAGCCCCAGCAGCGGACAAAGUGGCGUCCUGGGAACUGCGAGUGGAAGGAAAACUGCUGGAUGACCCUAGCAAACAGAAGAGAAAGUUUUCUUCGUUCUUUAAGAGCCUCGUCAUUGAGCUGGACAAGGAACUCUACGGGCCUGACAACCACCUGGUGGAGUGGCAUCGGAUGCCCACCACCCAGGAGACGGACGGCUUCCAGGUGAAAAGACCUGGAGACCUCAAUGUGAAGUGCACCCUCCUGCUCAUGCUGGAUCACCAGCCUCCCCAGUACAAACUGGACCCCCGACUGGCGAGGCUGCUGGGGGUGCACACACAGACGAGGGCCGCCAUCAUGCAGGCCCUGUGGCUUUACAUCAAGCACAACCAGCUGCAGGACGGGCACGAGCGCGAGUAUAUCAACUGCAACCGCUACUUCCGCCAGAUCUUCAGCUGUGGCCGGCUCCGUUUCUCCGAGAUCCCCAUGAAGCUGGCGGGGUUGCUGCAGCAUCCGGACCCCAUUGUCAUCAACCACGUCAUCAGCGUGGACCCCAACGACCAGAAGAAGACGGCCUGCUACGACAUCGACGUGGAGGUGGACGACCCACUCAAGGCCCAGAUGAGCAAUUUCCUGGCUUCCACCACCAAUCAGCAGGAGAUUGCUUCCCUUGAUGUCAAGAUCCAUGAGACCAUUGAGUCCAUCAACCAGCUGAAGACCCAGCGGGAUUUCAUGCUCAGCUUCAGCACUGACCCCCAGGAUUUCAUCCAGGAAUGGCUGCGUUCCCAGCGUCGUGACCUCAAGAUCAUCACUGAUGUGAUCGGGAAUCCUGAGGAGGAGAGACGAGCCGCUUUCUACCACCAGCCCUGGGCCCAGGAGGCAGUGGGGAGGCACAUCUUUGCCAAGGUGCAGCAGCGAAGGCAGGAACUGGAACAGGUGCUGGGAAUCCGCCUGACCUAACUGCUCAGGGAUCCCUCCUCUCCCCGGCCGCGGAAGAAGCCCCUCCCUCAGCCUGACAGGGGACCACCGUCUGGGGCCACAGACACGUAGGAUAAGGACGGGGUGAGGGUUGUCUCCUGCCACCCUCUGCUCCCCAGCUGUAGUUGCGCAAGCGUAGAGGUAGCAUUCCUUGUUGCUUGGCCCCCAGAGCCUUAGUACUUAUUUUACACAUUGGCUUUAACUGGGUCACAUCAGUCGCCUUCUGCCCCCUGCAGGCAGCCCGCGUGGGACUGCUGGAGGCUGUGCUUUGACUUGCCCCAGAGACAUUUCAGAACCAAAGGCCACUGGCUUUGCUUGUUUACAGACUCCCCCUUGGGGCAAGGGGAGCUGGGCAAGGAAGGGGGCGGGCACAGCUCCCACUCCUCCUUGCCUUUCUAAACCAAAGUUCUUUGCCAUUCCUACAAGCCCAGCCUCGCUGCUGGUUUUUUUCCUUUGGGUAUUUGCACUAUUUGGGGGAGCAGGUUUUUUUAUGUGGGAGCCACUUUUUUUGUACAGGGGUAAGUUGGGGUCUUUGAGGGAGCCCUAUUUGGUGCCCCCUUGUUUUCUUUCCUCAAUCUAUGCAAGCGGCUCUAGCCGCCAUCAUCUCCUGGGAUGCCAGAGGGCUGCUGCCCCAGCUACUUGGGCCCUGGGUGGGAAGGCCUCCUCGAGGGAGGGGAUUCUGGUUCUGUUGUGUGGCCUGAGGUACGGGUGUUUGUCUUGGUGGGGGGCAGUGAAGGGAGGCUGGGGUAAUAAGACUGUUGCCCUCUGGAGCUUGGUAAGGAGGGUGGGCCUAGGGCUUGUAAAGGUGCCACUGCUGGCAGGUUUGGAAAAUUCCAAAUAAAUCCUUUUGUUUAUUG